AUUGUGGAAAGGAAUCCUAUGCCUAUUCUGAAAUUGUUUUAUAAUUUUUGAAAAGGAAACCAUUUUCUUUCAUAGAAACUUGCAAAAUCAUACAUGGCUUCUUCCAAUCCCAAAUCCCAAAAGUUACACUUCGUCUUGUUUCCAUUCAUGGCACAAGGCCACAUGAUUCCCAUGAUGGACAUUGCCAAAGUACUGGCUGAACAAGGCAUCAGAGUUACAAUAAUCACAACACCCCUGAACGCCAAACGUUUCAGACCACUGGUCGUUCGAGCUGUAGACUCCGGCCUUCGAAUGCGCUUCAUCGAGCUUGAAUUUCCAGCAGAAGCAGCAGGAUUACCCAAAGAUUGUGAGAACUGGGACAUGCUGCCUUCAUUAGCCUUACGGUCUAAAUUUUUCUCCGCCACAUUUCGGCUGCAAGAACCUGUGGAGCGAUUACUUCAAGAACAAGUUACUCCAAAGCCUGAUUGCAUAAUCUCUGAUCUGUGUUUACCCUACACAGCUCAGGUUGCUACUAAGCUUGGUGUUCCAAGAAUUUCUUUUACUGCCUUUGGUUGUUUCUACAUGUCGUGCAUGCAAAAAAUACGCAAAUUCAGGGUUCUUGAAAACUUGAAAUCCGAUUCGGAGUACUUCACUGUGCCGGAGCUGCCUCAUCGAAUCGAACUGACGAAAAAACAGGUUCCCGGAGUAGUAAUUGACUUCAGCGAUAUCCGCGAGCAAGUGGCCGCGGCUGAAAAGGUGACACGCGGCGUGAUUAUCAACUCUUUCGAAGAAAUGGAAUCAGCUUAUGUGCAAGAAUACAGAAAUGUAAAAGGAGACAAAGUAUGGUGUCUGGGUCCGGUUUCAUUAUAUAACAAAGACCAAUGUGAUAAGAUUGGGAGAGGAGAUAAAUCUUCAAUUGAAGAAUCUGAGUGCAUGCAUUUUCUUGAUUCACAAAACCCUAAUUCUGUUUUAUAUGUGUGUUUCGGCAGUCUUUGUAACAUAAUAGCCAGUCAAUUGAUAGAGCUUGCUUUAGGGUUGGAAGCCUCAAAAAAACCCUUCAUAUGGGUUAUAAGAGAUAAAGGUUCAAACUAUAUAGAGAUAGAAAAAUGGUUACAAGAAAAUGAUUUUGAGGAUAGAAACAAAGAAAAAGGACUUAUAAUUAGAGGGUGGGCCCCACAAGUGGUGAUUUUAUCACAACCAUCAAUUGGAGGAUUCUUAACCCAUUGUGGUUGGAAUUCAACACUGGAAGCCAUAAGUGCUGGCCUUCCAAUGGUGACGUGGCCACGCUUGGCUGACCAAUUUUGCAAUGAAAAGUUGAUAGUGGAUGUGUUAAAAAUUGGGGUAGAAGUUGGGGCUGUAAAAAGAGAAAAUUUUAAAAGAGCUGUUGAUAGGUUGAUGGAUGAUGAAGCAGAAGAUACCAAAGAUAGAAGGAAAAGAGCCAUGGAGCUUAGCAGAUUGGCCAGAGAAACAGUACAAGAAAAUGGUUCUUCUUAUCUUAACAUGAAAUUGCUCAUAAAUGAAAUUAUGCAGCACAAACAUGUUUAGUUGCCUGCUAGGUAGCACGGGCGCUUCUUUCAAUCCAAGUGUCGUGGAUACGUUUCGAACACGAAAUUUCAGUUUUACGUAGGAAAUUUUAAAAUAACACUAUUUCGCAGUAUCCAAGUGUCCUAUUUUCCUUGUCCGUGCUACCCAGGUUAUUGGCUGUGUUUCUUUUAGAGUGGUAUUUUUGUUUUUAAAUUUGAUGUAUAUCAGAAUUCAGAUUCUGAUUAUUUUAGUUUGAUUUCUGUAUUCCUCCACUUUUUGUGGACUUGCAUCGUAAUAAAAAUGUAUGAAUUAUUUGCUUUUUA